CAACCUGGAAUAUUUCCCAGUGAAACACAUUGACGCCGCAUGCCAUUGGUCGAGCUGGACGGAGAGGGGCGGGUCCAGAGGCAACGCCGUCUGCGAUUGGAAGAGGGGCUCAAUCUUGCAAGUUUAUGAGGCACUUUCUAAGUUCGCAGGUUGGAUGGGAAGACUCAGAAUUGUCUGCUGCUCUAUCUGUGACAGACUGUGGGAACUGAAGUAAAGCGACAAACUACGGAGACAGACAAAGCCUUUGGGGGGCCAUGUCUGGUGUCAGCAGUGCUAACAACAGCUGGACUAUCCUCGCUCCUGAGGAGACUGUUGCUGAAACCCUGAGGCCUUUGGCAGAGGGGACAGAGCACCAUGAAGAGGGCCUUGCCACUGCAGCAGCGAGUCCGGGGGAGAGCCAUCCUGCAGACAGUGCAGAGUCAUCGGAGGAGCUCCCUGAGGAGGGCCACCACAUGCUAUCAGAAGACAAAGCGGCAGAGCUAAGUGAAGACACAGGGACAGAGGAACACACCUCCGUACCAACCGCCGACACUGAUGCCCCCCCUCCCAGCUCUCUGGAAGUAUCCGACAGCGUUGUCCCUGGCAGUGAUGAACUCAGCCAGUCAGAGGGCCUCCCUGAGGGCCCGGCAGAGACCAGCCCUGACCCGGACUCAUUUUCUGACUCCUACACCCACAUAUCCCCCUCCCCUGAUGAGCCCCCAGCCUCACUGCUGAGCACAGAGACUCUGGGAGGGGUGGAGUUCACACAGGAAGUGGAGAGGCUCGUACAGGAAGAAGCGCUGCAUUCGCUGAACGGGGAAGAGAUACAAUAUGAAGGGGAGGAGUCAGAGCUUUUCGCCAGAACAGCCGACUUAGGGAAACAGGCAGACUCCCCUGGGGAUUCCGGGGUGGGUGAGGAGAGAACUGAGAAGACGGGAGAAGAGCCAGGGCCAGAGGUGAGGAGGAGGAGGUCUCUCUUGGCAGCUCUGGAGCGCGUUGGACGGGCGGACGAAGAAGAGGAAGUCGAGGAAGAGUUUCAGCUGCCACAGCGGGAGGAGGACAGCGGGUUCUCUGUGAACAAGUGCAUACUGGGUGCUCUCAUUCUGGUGGGCCUUGGCACCAUCUUUUUGUCAGGUGUCUUCAUGGACCUGGAUGAGGAGAGCGAUUAUGGCACAAUGGAGCUGAAAGAUGCAGAAGUACCAGGAAAGCAGGAGUGGCUUAGUCUAGAGGUUCCUCCUCCCCCAGUAGAUGCUGACAGCACAGAGCUACUAAAUAAAUUAGACGAAGGGAACCAGAAGAUUUCUGUGCUACAAGCCCAACUUCAGGAACAGGGAGAAGAGCUAAAAGUAGCCAAGGGACAAGCAGCAGAGGGAGCAAAGGAGCGGCUGCGGAGGGAGGGGCUGGAGGAGGAAAACAGUAGGUUGAAGAAAGAGAUGGCAUCUCUCCCUGUGCUUCAGAAAGAGAACGAGAGGAUGAAGAGAGAGCUGGAGUCUGUCCCUGCCCUACACAAAGAGCUAGAAACUCUGAGAUCCACUGUGACUGAAUUAAAAAUCCCCUCAGCAGCCAGCGAAGCAGCACCAGCUCCAGCACCAGCUCCAGCUCCAGCUCCAGAUCCUGUGAAGCUCACCACACCACCCUCUAGUGGCCAGCCAGAGGAGAGCACACAGGAAGCAGCUGGAUCCACAGAGAGACAGCCCACAAAGCCAUUGGAGGAGAAGAAAAAAGAUGUGAAGAAAGAUAAAAGUGACAUAGGCGAGAAUAAGGAGUGGAAAGAGAAAUCUGAAUGGAAGGAAGGAAAGAAUGAGCGGAAAGAUGGGGGGAAAACAGAAUGGAAAAAGGGAAAACAUGAGCAAGGAAAGUUUGAAAAGGAGAAAGAUAAGCAAGGUAAGGUAAAGAAAGCCAGUGAUGAGACACAACCAUGGAAGGAGAAAGACUGGAAGAAAGAAAAGUCCAGCAGAGGUGAUGAAGGGAAACCAUGGAAGGAUAGGGCAGAGAAGAAAGAGGGGAAAGGAAAGAGUGAGGGGAAAGGAAAGAGGGAGGAGAAAGACUGGAACAAAGCAAAGCAUGAGAAAGUGAAGGAGGGUAAACAGUGGAGCGGUAAGGAAGAGAAGGAUUGGAAGGUAGGAAAAGACCGUGGAGAGAAGAACAAGGGCAAGGAGGAAUGGAAGAAGGGAGGGAAAGAUGGCUACAAGGAAAGUACCAAAGGGAAAUGGGAGAAAGAAGAUCGGAAAGACAAAGGAGGGAAGAAAGAGUGGAUAAAAAAGGAAAGUGACUGGAAAGGAAAGAACAGCAAAGAUCAUAGCAAAGGAAAGGGUGAAAAGAAACAGUGGGAAGAGAGGAAACAUCCAGAGAGGAAGGGGAAGGAUGAGAGGAAACAGUGGAACAAUGGUAAAGAUGAGAAGGAGGGGAAGAGGAAAGAUGAGGGGAAACAGUGGGAAAAGAAGGAAGAACCGUGGAAGAGAGGAGGUGAGAAAGACAGAAAACACACCGGAGAUCGGAAAAAGGACGGAUCCAGCCCCCAGAAACGCAAAUCUAACGAUCAUAAAAACCACAAGGAAGAGCCUCUAUGGGCAGACAGGAAGCCUCCUCACACCUACAGCCGGCCCUCCCUGGAUCAGCCCGAGUACUGGGCGCAGCAGACAGACCGCCUCCAGCAAAAUCCCAAACCAACGCAGCAGUGCAACUCACUGGAGACCUGCGCUCAGGCGGAGGGGCUGCUGCCUGUCCCCCUGGCCCAGUUCGAGGCCAUCCUCCAAACGUACCUAUCCAAAGCAGAGGAGGCCGGAGUGGCUGCUUCCAAAACAGAUGAGCUCAAAAAGCUAGCCGCCAAAUUUUUCAAGGAGGGAUUCUUCGUCCACGAGCAGACGAGCUUCGCAGAGUUCGCCGAGGAUUUGGAAGAUAUUUUGGAAGACAUGGUAGAAGGGGAUGACGAGGCGGACGAAGAGGACAGUGACCUAGAGGAUGAAAUGGAGGAGUUCGGCAAAGAAGUCCUACAAAAGUUUGCAGCACCCGUGGCUGUGGAGAAAGAGGGGAGAGCCAAAGGAGAGGGGAGGAAGGAGAGCGCACGAGGACGCGGCUGAUGGCGGGAUUGAUGGAUCUGUCGAAAGUAGCUUAAGAGCGGUCAUGACGGAUGAGAGGUUAUUCAAAGGGAACAUUUUAUAUUGGACCACAAACGCUUACCAGUAUACAUUUAUCAUCCUGUCUGCGCGUUUACAGGACAUUUACCCUCUGUUGUCCAAGGAGUUCAACUUAUUAUUCAAUUUCACUGUUUCUGGAAGUUUUGUAUUUCACAUUAGUCCUUUACAAUGCCGAAUGAGAGUGCAUUUACCUGAUGUUUUUGGGAUGGACUUAGGAUAGAAGAUAAGAGGCGAGUGUAGCUUAAUGCAAACAUCACGUAGCCUCCGCGUGCUCUUUGUUCACACUUCUCUUUUAUUUGUGGCUGAGCACCUGCAGCUCAUGUUGAAUAUCUGUCGGGGUGGAACUUAUUUCUGCACACUGUGCUACUCCUUCACUUUGCAUAGGGGGAAAUAAAACCUGUUGGAUUAGCAGCGAUAUUACUCCUCGUUGACUCUCAUAAAGCUGCUGUAAAGUCUUAUUCACACACCACACCUCCUGCUCUGCACUGAUGUACUGUUCACUGAGCCUACAGUCGGCCCUCUUUGUUUUAAUGCUUUAGCUUUGCACUUAAUAUUAGAUUAUAUUCUAACCAUCAGAAAGGGUGGCAUGAACUGCUGAAGAGGUUAGUGAAUAUUUAAUGUCUGUAUUAAUUUUAGUUUUGAUUGUUUGUACAUAUUGCAUUAAAUAUGUGUUUUAAGGACUAUGCAGAAUGACAUAGUUAACUUAUUGAUACAGAUUGGUAUCAUAUAGAUUCAAAUAUCUUUGGUUGGCACAUAAGAUAUCAACAUGUUGAGCUUUUUUUUUCAGGUACAGAACUUGUGUUGUGCACUAAAGCUCUUUAAUUAUUGUUUUAUUGUGAAUUUAGCUUUUCUUGAUAAGGUUGUAGCACUGAGGUUGUGGGGCAUAGUUUCCCAAAAAAGCAUUUAGUACUUGCUAUCUGUUUACACGCUAACUUAUUAAAUGUUUUGAAAUGAAAGGUCUAAAGCCACAUAGAGAUGUUUAUCUUGGGAGGAUGCAGAACCACAUGCUGUGUGGGCUUUGUGGCAGCAUAGAGAACUUUGUAUGUUAGGAUGUUUUUUAUUUGGCCUUGGUACUGUUGCAAGAGCAGAAUAAUAAAUUGGUGCAUCCCUGGGAUUAAAUAA